UUAAAGUAAAAAUGGCUUCCUUGUCUUUGGAGUCUACAGAACAAUCUGAGAACAGCCCAGAGGAGCCAGCGGCAUCUGAAUACAAAGACGAGAAAGAUCCGCUGCAAGAUUCCGAACAAUUACUCCAAAGUUUCCAGAAGUCGGCUCUGAGUUUUUCCACUGACCAAGUAUCAUGUCUGUGCGAGGCCCUUCUGCAGGCGGGCAAUGUGGAUCGCCUGUGGAGGUUUCUAUCCACCAUACCUCCUUCGUCCGAGCUGCUACGUGGCAACGAGACCCUGCUGAAGGCCCAGGCUCUGGUGGCUUUCCACCGGGAGGAAUUCAAGGAGCUGUACGCCAUCCUGGACAGCCACGACUUCCAUCCGUCUAACCACGGGUUCCUGCAGGACCUGUACCUGAAAGCCCGCUACAAGGAGGCGGAGAGGUCCCGGGGCCGCAGCCUGGGCGCCGUGGACAAGUACCGGCUCAGGAAGAAGUUCCCCUUACCCAAAACCAUCUGGGACGGAGAGGAGACUGUGUACUGCUUCAAAGAGAAGUCCCGCAACGCGCUGAAGGAGUGCUACAAGAGCAACAGGUACCCGACUCCAGACGAGAAGAAAAACCUGGCCAAAGUUACCGGACUGUCCCUCACACAGGUCAGCAACUGGUUCAAGAACCGCAGGCAGAGGGACAGGACCCCGUCCGGGACCCAGAGCAAGAGUGAAUCUGAUGGAAACCACAGCACUGAGGAUGAGGCAAGCAUGAUGGACGACACCCCUGACAAACCGGACGAGACUGGUGGCUCCACAGCCUCCAUCAUCUCUCUCUCUGCAGUCCCUUGCAGCACAGGAGGCCAGCUCAUCCUCAAUGGCUCCAGCGGUUUCCUCACAGCCUCGCAACCAUUACUACUCAAUGGAAAUUCCCUGAUUUCCAGUACUGGAGCUGGUGUCAUAAUCAACGGGCUAAGCUUGGGUGAUUGCCAGACAGUCACACUGAGUCCUGUUCCCAACUCUCCUUUGAUACUUAACGGGGCUCAGGUUAUAACCAAACAAAGUAUCAGUCAGCAAGUCGUUUCUGUGGCCGAGCAGGAGGUUUCAGCCAUGGAGGCCAAACCACACAGUCUUCCAGCAGUUGUUCUUAGCACGAACACCACACCAGUCUCAAACCCACCAUCAAUCAUCUCUCUUCCUAUGCAAACAAAGACAGACGGUGGCAACGCUCUGGAUUUCAUCACUGUCCCUGACGAAAUGGUGACCAAAUCAGAAGGCAGCAGCCAGACAAUGUCUUCCUCUUCGUCAUCUUUAUCUCCCUCUUCACCCACUCUGUCCUCCCCAUCCAGCCUCCCUUCAUUGGUCUUAACACAAAACACCCAACGCCAGGAGUCCCUCACACUCCCAGGCUCUAUGUCGUCAGCAGGCAUGGUCAUCUCCAGCCCUGCCAUGUCUCUUCCCAGUCAGCAAGGCGAGUAUGUUGUCUUUGCCACUGCCGGCUCCCAGUUAACCCCAUCUAGCACUGUGGUUUCCUCCAGCCACGCCACCCCUCAGGUCUUCUCCCUGCCCCAGGUUGUGCCCUCCAUCCAGGGUAUACCAGUGUCCCAGCUUGUUCAGCACUCUUCAGGACCCCACGUUUCCCAGUGCCCCCAGUUGGUCCCAGUAUCCCCCCUCACUUCACCACCUCCUCCAUUCCAAAACCCCCAGACAAUGAACACAGAUGACAGACUGGCACACCAGCAGCAGGGUGCUUCAACCACGCUGGCUGAAGGUGCUACAACCAUAGUGUCUAUCUCACAGCCUCCCAGUAAUCAGCUCCCACAGCGAGUGACUCACCAACUGGGAGAACAUACCAUAAACCCCACACCCAGCAAAAUCCAGGGACCGCAAGUUAUUUCCAUCUCUUCCCCAACUCAAGUGGUCCCAGUCCCGCAGGGCAAAGGCGCCACACCAGCACAGUUAGUCCCCCUCUCUAUGCCUCAGCUGGUUCCAGUCUCCUCCAUCCAACCUUCCUCCACCAUCUCUUUCCCCCAAGUGGUACCUGCCAGUCCCUCUCUCUCCAUCCCUUCUGCAGGAGUGCCCCUACAGAUCCUGACUCAAGCUCCUACAACUGGAGGGGUCACACAGGGUCCUCUCAGGAUAAACCAGCUGAGGCCCAUUCAGAGCGUGGGUCCCCCGACUAGUGUAGCCCCUGGUGUGCAGUUGCUCAACUCUGGGAUCAUUCAGCUCCCUUCUGCCUCUCCAGGCAACCUUCUCCUGGGUGGGAGUCCCUAUCUCAGUGUCCAGCAAGGGAAGCUGAUACUGACCAUCCCAGCAGGCAUUCAACUCACCAGUUUGCCUCUGAAACCAGUCCCAGAUCCGUCACCCAUCUCGGCCAAUGGAUUGAGUCCCGUCCUCACCCCCUCCACCAUUGCUGUAGCCUCCCAGCCUUCAACCACCUCAAGCCAAAUCCCCAUCGGCCUCACAACAUCCCCCCUGAACUUCAUCAACUCGUCUCCACCAUACUGUGCAGCAGAGACUGGGAUUUCAAUCAGCCAGACCCCUGCUAUCCCCUCCCCUAAUCAACUAGACCAUUCAGUCACCUCCACAACACCGAACACUCUCAUCCCAGAAAGCAUGCUUACCCUUAGCCCCAUGUACAGUGGAGUGAUGCCCAACACCCAGCUGUCCCAGCCAGCCUGGAGCCCCGUGCCCCUCUCCACCUCGGCUAGUCUAACUCUGUUUGAUGUGCGUGGGAAGGGGGACCUACCUGUAGACCCAGCUUUGUUAGGCCUACCUGGAGGAGAGUCGCUGCUUUUGGGAAGUCCCUCUCCAGAACAGGAUGUGGAAGCCAGCUCACCACUAGGGAAUCCAGAGGAGAUGGAUGGGGACUCUAAGAUUCUGACUCAGCUCCAGUCUGUCCCUGUGGAUGAUGAGCUGGGCUUGUAGACUGUUUACUUUGCCACCUGGCAACCCCACGUCACUAAAAACAAUGAAACAUACAGUAGAUGAAAGACUGCGCUGUUGUUUUUGUUAGUGAGCUAAAAGAUUUUAUAUCACACUGUCAAUCCUCUAUGACUGAUAUGUCUUUUGCAGUAUGUUGUUUUAGGUUCUGACGUGUAGAACAAUGAUGCUCUCCUAGUAAGGCCUGAUACCAUCAUGGCCUCA